AUGAAGUUCUUCGCUACCGCUCUUCUCUUCGCCGCCACUGCUAUGGCUCUGCCCCAGGCUCUGGGUGAUGGCAAUGGCAGCAACGAUCCUGUCGGCAGCGCUCUGGGUGGUGGUAAUGGCGAUGGCAAUGGUAGCGGCGAUGGCAACGGCAGCAACAACCACCCUGUCAGCAGCUACCCCAUCGGUGACAAGACCACUCUUCAGCAGGCUCAGAACACUUGCGGUAACGGUGCCACAGUCUCUUGCUGCGACGAGGCCACCUACACCCACGAUAUCACCAACAACGCCGUCGGUCCUCUCGCUGGUGUCUUGCAGAGUGCUCUGAACGGCGGUCCUGGAUCUGAGGGUCUUGGUCUCUUUGGCCAGUGCAGUGACCUCAGUGCCUCUGCUGCCGUUUUGGGUGCUGCUGGUCUCAACCAAUUGAUCAACCAGAAGUGCAAGCAGAACAUUGCCUGCUGCCAGGGUGACAGCUCCAACGCUAACAACGAUCUCGUCGGCGUUGCCAUUCCCUGUGUUGCUCUUGGCUCCCUCAUCUAA